GAUUUCCUGACCACGCGCUGCCGUUGCUCGCUGUGUCUCGCUAAUCCGGCCUCUCGGAGGCAAAUCCUCGUCCAUUUCUGGGUCGCUGGCACUGCUGUGAGCAUAUGUGAGCUCUCGAGCUAUCGCAGAAUCUCUAGAAUCUCAUUGCAACAAUUGGGUUUCUUUCAAUUUGGUGAACAAUGACGACUUCUGCGGCGUCGAUGCUGCUGGAGUUUUCUUCUCUGAGUGUUGCGGCGUCGGGCGCUGCAGUGAACAAGAGCGGAGGCGUGCCGCAGAGCAGCGGAGUGAGCUCCAGAGUGAGCUGGAGUGGGUUGAGAGCCGGAGGUUUGCAAGUUGGGGGCGUGAAGACAUGGCGGGAUGUGAAGAAGGUGGUGGGAGCGAAGGCGCGCGUGUGCGCUGUCGCGGAGCUGUUUGAGUCCGAGGUUUUGGGCUCGGAGGGCGACGGCGCUGAGGCCGCGGAGGCCCCCGUUAAGGCUGUCAAGCCCAAGACGGGCAAGGCCGCUUUGCCUUUGAAGAGUGAUAGGACAAGGUCAAAAAGGUACUUGGAGAUUCAGAAGCUUAGGGAAAAGAAAAAGGAGUACGACCCUGACACAGCAGUUCGGCUGCUCAAGGAUACAGCUAGCUUAAAAUUCGUUGAAACUGUGGAGGUUCAUAUCCGCCUCAACAUCGACCCUAAAUACACGGAUCAGCAAUUGCGUGCCACUGUAUCAUUGCCAAAAGGAACAGGACAAACUAUCAGAGUCGCCGUCCUUACCCAGGGAGAAAAGCAACAGGAAGCAAAGAAUGCUGGUGCUGACUUUGUAGGAGCUGACGAUUUAAUUGACGAGAUUGCUCGUGGUAUGAUGGACUUCGACAAGCUCAUUGCUACCCCGGAUAUGAUGCCCAAGGUUGCCAAACUUGGAAGACUUCUUGGUCCAAGGGGUUUGAUGCCCAAUCCCAAGGCAGGGACCGUUACCACUGACGUCACUAGUGCCAUCGGAGAAUUCAAGGCGGGUAAAGUGGAGUACCGAGCGGACAAGACCGGUAUCGUCCAUGUGCGGUUCGGCAAAUCCGAUUUCUCGGCAGAUGAUCUUCUGGAGAAUCUAAUCGCCGUUGUGAACUCUGUAGAUGCAAACAAGCCCUCAGGAGCCAAGGGCGUGUACUGGAAGUCAGCCCACGUUUGCUCGACUAUGGGCCCUUCCAUCCGCAUCAACGUCUCGGAGUUGAGGGACUACAAGGUCAAGCAACAAGCGUAGAGAGGAAUACCAGUUUUCAUCCUUCAUCCCACGCUCUAGUUUUGUUAGUUGGAGUAUAACUUUGUGUAGGCUCAAUAUGUAGUGAUUUUAACCCUGCCUACAUGGACCUGUCUUCCUAACUGGAAGUUGUACUCCUAGCAAUCGCUCCAGGACUUGGACCUUGAAUCACAAUUUUAAGAUAGGACCAAGAGGAAAUCCCGUCAUCGUUAUUAAUCAUCUAUUGUUUUGAGAAUAGUUUUCCUUAGACUAGUAGGAGAGAGUGCCCCCCAGUGUAUUGCCAUUUGUGCAGAACAUUGUUGCUCAUGUGGAUAUCAGUCAAGCUGUUGAGGUUCUCCGUUUUCCUAUCGAGUACUCUUACUAUUAAGAUUU